GGCAGAUAACAUUAAAUGAACUAUCAAAAGCAAGACAGGCCUGCACAUGCAUCGUGCAAUGAUACCCGUCCACAUGUAGCUACAUAUGUACUUUCUGACUGUUGACAAAGAGCCAAAAGACAUCCAGUAAAACUACAUAGCCCCCAGCCAGCGAAGGUAGGGAUGUACUCAGAGGCCUGCCAUAGGUACUUUGGUACCCAAUGAAAGGAACCAACAAGGCAAGUAAAUUUAUAUCCAACCAACACAAUAAAGAAGGCCUCUUUUUCCUCCCUGAUCUCAUUGACAUUUUCAAUCCUCAACAUCCGACAUAGGACGCUGUCGGCAAUAAUCCAGUGCAUCACAUCCGCAUAACUAAGUACCUCUGAGGGGUCACAAUCUUCACAAUGGGUCUCUCCGCGCAAACGGAGAUCGCGGCGCCACCAGAGGUCGUCCGAUCAGUGUUCCUCGAUUUCCAGCAACACAAGGAAUUCCAUCACAUUUUUACCAUCAAAUCCCUAGACCCCUCCAUUCAGCCGGUCAACCUCAAGCCCGGCGAUAAGCUCGAUGUUGAUAUCAAGGGCUACCCCUUCAAAUUCCAAUUUCAACCUACAAUCAUAGAAAACUCUCCCGGCACAUUCCAAUGGCUUGGAAGCGUCCCUCUUCUACUAGGUGGAAAGCAUGAGUUUUACUUCUCCCAAAGUCAAGAAACGCCUGGGGGAACCACGCUUAUCCAAAAGGAAGAUUUCACAGGGCUUCUUGCUUUUCUGACAGGCCCGAAAUGGAGUUUCGGGAAAACUAGUAUUCACAAUUUCGAGACGCUCAAUAAGGACUUGAAGACAGCUGCUGAGGCGGCCGCAAACAAGCCUUAGAGUGGGCUUGAAGUGUACGUUCGGUCGAGCCAGGAAAUCCUCAAUUUGCCUUCAUCUGUAAUUACCUACAAGUAGCUUAUUAGCGCCAGCCUUUUGUGAACAAUCUCAAUAUCGCCAUAUUUUUCCUCCG